GUCUUUACCAGGUUGUGGCAGAUAAAACUCCAUAUGUCAGCAUUGAAGAAAUUACAAGAAAAGUCUUUAUUGGGCCAACAAGAUUUGGCCAUCCAUGUUUCUACAGCCCUGAGGAUAUAAAACUGGCAAACCUCACUAUCAAACAUGGUGAGCAGAUCAUCUUCAACUCUGUGGAAGAGGUCAAUGGAACGAUGGCUGUGAACUGUGGUGUGGUCAGAAAUAACCAGUCUCAUUCCUUUACUUUGCCCCUUUCACAAGAAGGAAAAUUCUACGAGUGUGAAGAUGACCAGAUAUACACCCUAAAAGAGAUUGCAGAAUGGAAAAUCCCUAAGUGCAGAAACCGGAUUGUCAAACUUUCCAAUACUUUACAUAUGUGGGACUCCUCUAAUCCACUUCCUGAGAAUUUUGAUGGCUGCUUGAUUCUCACACCUGUCUAUGAAGUGCAGGCAGUAAUGAAAUUUCGAAAGGACAUAGUUCAUAUCCUCUCAGAUCUAGAUGUCGAGGUCAAGGAUAUAACAGACUGUUAUGAUAUUAGCUCUUUCCUUCAGCCACUGUCUUUGGAAGAUGUAUUUGAGAGAACAAGCAAGGAAUUUCCUAUGGUUGCUGAGAUAAUGGAUGGGCCUUUGGGAAGCCAAAAACCUUAUAACUUAUUGUAUACGGGGAAAGAGAUCAUCAUCUACAAAAAGUACCAGGCAACAAGAGUCCUAGCCUCUGAGAUCAGAAGUGAUUCCCCCAAAAGACAUUUUUUAAUCCCUAUAAGCUACAAAGGAAAGUUCAAGAGAAGACCUCGGGAGUUUCCAACUGCCUAUGACUUAGAGAUAGCGAGAAACGGAAAGGAACAGCUUCAUGUUGUAGCAACUAAAGCCUUUGAUUCCCCUCAUAAAGAGCUUUUUUCUGUUUCGGUUGGAGACCAGUUUCUAGUUCAGCAACGCCAGACUAGUGAAGUUCUGUAUGAGGGAAGAAAGAAAGUCAUAGAUGUUUUAGCUUGUGAACAAAUACUGAGUGAUACAUAUAAGAAAGUGCUCCUCCCUAUGUACAUGGAAGGUGGCUUUGUGGAAGUGAUUCAUGACAAGAAACAGUACCAGCUUUCUGAGAUUUGCAAAGAAUUUCGUUUGCCUUUUAAUGUCAAAGUGUCUGUGAGGGACCUUUCUGUUGAGGAAGAUGUCUUGGCUGCCGUGCCUGGUCUGCAGUUUGAAGAAGAAAUCACAGACUCUUAUUUGCUGAUCAGUAGCACCAGCAGCCCAGCGGAGAGCUGGGAGAUUCCUGUAUAUCGCUUAAACAUGACAAUCCAUUUGCUCAGCAAAGAUGUCCAGACGGUUGUACCUCCUGCAACUAAGACAACAGUGGAAGAGAUCAGUGAACAGCAAUACUAUAUGAUGCGAAGAUAUGAAAACCAAGCCCUUCAUCCACCACCCAGGCCUCCCAAAAAGCCAACAACACUUGUACCAAAACCUGAUUUUGCAGUAGCUAAGCAAGGUGUGUCUGAUGUACUACAGGCUCCAAAG